AACAGGAAGUAGCUGCACUGUGAGCAGAAACAGACCUCGGAUUUUGAUCAUAUCAUGGUCGGCCGUGCAGCAUUUGGGUGAACCAAUCGGUCGGAGCGAGGCCAUCGACUGUAUGGUUUCCCCAAGGACACAGACCCACGUAAAAGAUGGCUGGCUAUAGUCAGCAGAGAAAAUUUUGAGUAAAAGGAAAUUGCAAUAGCAGAAAAAAUGGUCAGGUACAUUUUGGGGACAACCAGUUCACAAACACCCAAAAAGGCCACUUCAGGUUACGUCAUUCAUUCAUUGCCCAAAGCCUAAGAGGAGGAAAGUCCCCACACAGCCUUCAGCAGUGGUGAAUGAAAGGAGCGUUGGCCACACCUACCGCAAAAGAUCAAAUUUGGCUGGAACCACAUACCUACUGCCGCCUCAACAUAAAUAUGCCAGUCCUCCGGGUGUAUUUUGAUGAGGAGGCAGACCUGAAGCCAGACUACCAGCUGACCAGAGCUUCCCUGGACAACCUGAUUGCCAUAACCAGUACCCAGCAAGACCAUGGAUGGGGCCACUACCUGGAGGUGCUGGUGUUUGUGUUCUGGCUUGCCAGUGCCACCUCGUACAGGGUAGUGUCAAGGAGCUUUGACAUCCCUCGCACGACCAUCCAUGACAUGGUUCAUAAAAUGUCAGGCAAGCUUCUCAAAAUCCUGCCGAGAAUCAUCCGCCUACCAUCCGUUGCUGAGCUGGAGGAGAUAGGGAACGGGUUUGCCCGUCUAGCAGGGUCCCCUGCAUUCUCCAGGGUAGUGGGCAGUAUAGAUGGGUGCCAAAUACGCAUUAAACCACCAUCUGUUGAUGGCCUCUGUUACAUGAACAGGAAGCUGUUCCCCUCCAUCCAGCUACAGGCCGUCUGUGACCACACAGGGAGGUACCUGGACAUUUUUGCAGGCUACCCAGGGUCUGUUCAUGACUCCAGGGUCCUCAAAAACAGCCCUCUGUAUACAGAGCAGCGGUAUCCACCCCAAGGGUUUUUUAUCCUUUGGGAUGGUGGGUACCCCUGUCUGUCUGCCCCCAUCGCCCUCAUCACACCAUACAAAGAGCCAGUCCACCUGGCUACAGCAAGGCGGUUCAAUCACCACCACGCCAAAGCCAGAUCCAUCGUCGAGCGCUCUUUCGGGAGUAUGAAGACUCGCUGGAGGGCCAUUUUCUUUAAGGCGCUAGAGGUGAAACCAUCUUUUUCACCUCAAGUCGUCGCCUGUUGUGCCAUGCUCCACAACAUCUGCCUCGCCAAUGGCGACAUUGUGGAGCAAGCAGAUGACUGGCCUGGUGAAGAUGCUGGGGAGCCACAUCACAACCAGGACCAGCGAAGUGGGGAGUGCAUCCGGGAGAGAAUGGCAGCAGCUGUCUCUGCUCCUGAUGGCCCGGUGGCAGCCCUGGAGCAUCACGAUUACUUAUAAGAAGAGAAACAAUUUGUAAAUAUUGUAUAUAUAUGUUAGACAUUACAAUCAUUUAGGGUUAGGAUUUACUGUGUUAGAGAAUCAUUUAUUUAUUGAUAUAUAUGUUAGAUUUUGCAAUCAGU